AUGGGGCUGUGCGUGCAGGACGGGACCAGCCCAAAGAUGCCCUUAAGCGUUGAGCUGGGGAACCUACUGUGGCGCGUGGCGACUGGCCCUGGAAACCUGUUGGCGAGCCCUGCCCCGUCGCGGCCCCGCCUCUGCUGUCCGGCCCAACCGGCCCGGCCUCCAGACUGCGCCAGGAGACUGAUCGUGGGGACGGGACCCUUUCCACGCCCCCCGUGGAGACAGGCGCGGCCACCGGCGGCGCGGGACGGUCAGCUCGGCGGGUUCCAGUCCCUGGCCCCACCGCCUCCUCGCUCGCCCCGUCCAGCCUCUCCGCCUCUCCCGACUCGCAUUCCCUGGCCUCUCGCCCUCUGCCCUCCGCUGGCGGCCAUCACGGAGUCCCCUGCGCCUUGCCCGCCGCCCCCUGUUCGGGGUGGACAUCUGGCGGGGCCGGGCCCAGGGACACCUCCGGGCUACCGCGUCUACGCGCGCCGCUGGCUCUUUCUGCUGGUGGUCAGCUUGCUCAGCUGCUCCAAUGCCACGCUAUGGCUCAGCUUCGCACCAGUGGCCGACAUCAUAGCCCAGACCUUCCUUCUCUCCAUGGACCAGAUCAACUGGCUGUCUCUGGUCUACCUGGUGGUAUCCAUCCCAGCUGGGGUGGUAGCCAUCUGGCUUCUGGACACUGUUGGGCUGCGAUGGGCUACCAUCCUGUGUGCAUGGCUGAACUUUUCUGGGAGUGUUCUGCGUGCCCUGCCCUGUGUGCUGCCCAGGACCAGAGACCCCUUUGCCUUUCUCAUGGCGGGGCAGAGUCUCUGCGCUCUGGCCCAGACUCUGGUCAUCUUCUCUCCAGCCAAGCUGGCUGCACUGUGGUUCCCUGAGCACCAGCGAGCCACAGCCAACAUGAUUGCUACCAUGUCAAAUCCCCUGGGCAUCCUGGUAGCUAACCUGCUUUCACCUGCCCUAGUCAAGGAGGAGGGAGACAUCCCCAUCAUGAUGGGUAUCUACACCAUCCCUGCUGCCUUGGCUUGUCUGCUGGCUACCACGUGCCUCUGGGAGAAUGUGCCCCCCACCCCACCCUCUGCAGGGGCCUCCUCCUCUACUUCAGAGAAGUUCUUGGUUGGACUGAAGCUGCUCCUGCAGAACAGAGCCUACAUCCUGCUGGCCGUGUGCUUUGGGGGAGCCGUUGGGAUCUGCUCCGCCUUCUCUGCCCUCCUGGAGCAAGUGCUCUGCGUCAAUGGCUAUUCCAAUGACUUCGCUGGCCUCUGUGGGGCUCUGUUCAUUGCAUUUGGGAUCCUGGGGGCACUGGUGCUUGGCCUCUAUGUGGAUCGGACCAAGCACUUCACCGAAGCCCUCAAGAUUGGUCUCUCUCUGACUUCUGUGGUCUUCAUUGCCUUUGCCCUAGUGUCCCAGCUGCAGGGACAGGCCCUCGCACUGGCUGCCAUCUGCUCGCUGCUAGGGUUCUGUGGCUUCUCUGUGGCGCCCGUGGCCAUGGAACUGGCAGUUGAGUGCUCCUUCCCUGUGGGUGAAGGGGCAGCCGCAGGCCUGAUCUUCGUGGUGGGGCAGGCUCAGGGAGUGGUCAUCAUGCUGCUGCUGCCUGCUCUGGCUGUGAGACGCGCAGACCCAUCCUUCUCCAAAUGCCAGGAUGGCCAGGACCCCCUGGACUGGAGUGUGUCUAUGCUGCUGAUGGCCGGCUUGUGCACCCUCUUCAGCUGUGUCUUGGUGCUCUUCUUCCACACCCCAUACCGGCGCAUGGAGGCCGAGGCCAGAGCAAGGUCCUCUAUGCAGAACAACAGUGACUGCACAGCAGCCACAGAAGCCCCCGGCACCUAGACUUGUGUCUCCAGAUUCACCACCUCCCCUGAGCCCAUACCUGAGAGAUGGGAGGUGUCCCCCUGAAGAUCCCCUGUGGUGUUCAAAAG